GACUUGAAAUUAGUGAACCUCACCAAACAUCGAUUCCCAGAUUCGUUCACAUCCAUCAAAUAUGAAGACUUCUGCAGGGAUCCUGAGACCGUGGCCACAAACCUCUGGAAAUUCAUCUCGGGAGACAGCCGAGCCGCCCUCCCGCAGUCGUGGCUGAACUACCUGAAGUUGCACACGGACCCCGCCCACAGCAGACCGAGGAAGAGGUUCGGGACGCUGAGAAACACCCGCAAACAGACCCAAGCUUGGAGGAGAGAGAUCUCGGACACGCUGUUGAGAUCGGUCGACGGUCGAGACGGCGUGUGGGGAAGUGAUCGACAUUUUGGGGCAUCGGCGGUUUGGCAGCAC